UUGAGCUAGCAGCCAUCUGUCCUAAAGGGGUAGCUUUGUGGGUUUCACAAAGUUAGCUCAAACCAAAGCCAAUGUAUGUUGAUGUUGAGUGAGUCAAGUCAAUGUGUAUUGUGACACAAAGGCCCUAUGGGUCUUGGCAACAAGAAGCCAGUCAGAGUUGGGAGGAUCUGGGGAAAUGAACAGGGGGAGGAAUGAGCCUAAGGGGUAUGGAGCAGGAGAGAGGAAUCCAAGAGGAGCACGUAGAGCAAGAAACAGAGGCUGAGGAGAACACCGAGGAGCUGAAUGGGACCCUUGAGGAGCAGGCCAUAGAUCUGGAGGAGAGUGAACCAGUGGGUACUCGAGAGCAGGCACUAGCACUGCAGGAGGAGAGCACUGAGCUGGAUGGAGCCAUUUCUCAGCAGGAAAUCUCAGAGGAGACAGAAAGGAACUAUGAGUUUCCCAUGGGUAUAGCUGGAGGAGCCAGGCCAAAGAUCAAGGAGCCAGUUCUUGCAGGGCAGGAAGAAGAAUUGAUGGAGCUAUCUCAGGAAACCCUGAUCAGUCAUGCAGAGCACUUUGAAGCAGGCCAGGGUGGCUUCAGAGGAUGGGCAACGAAAGGAACCCACAAGAAGAUCCUGAGGCAAGCCGGGAGAUCUUGGGGAGAGGUCACCGAUAAAGCAGGAAGAGGCCAAGGGAAGACGAUGGAAGAGGACCGCCAAGGCCAAGAAGCGGGCCUCAAGCUAGUCAGAGACCUGUUGGCGGUGGUGGCCAGAUCCGACCUUCCCCUCGAGGAAAAGCUGGAACUGGAAUUUGUCACCCUUCAGUUUAUGAUGGGAGGCAACGUCCAUUUGCUUGGCGAGCUGCAAAGCCAGGCGGUGGUAGAGGACUUCCGGCAGGAGGUUUUCGCUAAAUUCCCUAUCCCAGCUUUCCACGUGACUAGCUCGGUGAUCUGCUGUGAUCAAGCUGCUGUCCAGAGGCCGGAGAGGCCCCAGCUCCCAAAUGAAAAUGGCUGCUCGAGGCAACAGGAAAGGAUUUACUCCCAGCUUAUCUUCUUCCUGUGCAGGGCCCCUUUCUUAAAGUCCUGGGAUCAGCUGGACCGACUGGCUGAAAUGCUACACAAGCUGAAGAACUGCAUCUACUACAACCCUGUGGCCCUGGUGGGAGUCAUUGUGCAGGUGGAGCCGGACCCUGGUUUAGAUGCAGAACAGGAGGCCCGGGCCCGCCGCUGGCUGAGGUGUUUGCUAGAUGGGUUUUUCUGCUGCGAUUUGUUGUUAGAGCAUGAUGAGACGGACCCGGAGGUUCAGGUUCAGGUAGCAGUCUACCAGUCAGGCCAGCCGGAGAGGGCGUUAGAGGUCAAGAGGGCCGCCUGCCAGGCCAUUCGAGCAGCCCUCAAGUUUUGAAUUGGCACCACCGAUGACCCACCGGGAUCACGUCAGCUCUGUGGCAACACUUGAGGUCUUGCUCAUCACUGGAACAUCAUUUAAAAUUCAGAUUAUUCCCUCCAUCCUUCUCUGUGUGUUUUA